AAAAAAUAAAAAUAACUAUACUUUAUUAUUGAAAUGCAAUAGUUUAGUUGGAGAUUAAAUUGAGAUGCUUAAGCAUUGAAUCUCAGCAGUUUUUUGUUCUUAUGAAUGUCAGUACAUUAGAGUUACAUACCGCUUAUAGUCCUCCCUUGAUAAUGGCUUCGAAUAACCGAAAACGUUGCACUGACGAAUCCGUCCAUAAACUACUAAGGGAGAAAUUCAUAGUCCUUAUGGGUGGCACUGUGGAUAGAUUGAAGUAUAGUCCAGAAGCCAGUGAGCUUUUUCAUGAAGAGUUGGACUUAUUCAAGAAAAAACUUAAUAACUUUGAGAAAUGUGCUCGACUCAUAGUAAGAAAAUAUGACGAACUUAAGACUGUAAAUUAUUCUCUUGAGAAAUUAAAUGCAGAGCGUUCCAAGCUAUUGCGUCAUGUGAACACUGUAAUGGAGGAGACUCAACUUAAUUGUUUGGACGAAGCCACGUUUGUGAAUUUGCUAAAUGAAAAUGCACGCAAUAUUGAAGGUCUUGAUAAGGGUUUGGACGAAGCGAGUGGCAAGUGAAAAAAUAUGGACAUCAUGAGGAAACAAAUUAAAUCUUUUAGGAACUACACAAAUAUAUAUUUUUUACCAAAAUUUUAGCUAAAUUAUUGACAAA